AUGUCGAUGAAUCGUUAUCCAUUGGAUAAACAGGUAUGUCGAUUGAUAAUUGGUUCUUAUGCGUUCGGCUCUGACGAGUUAAUGUAUGACUGGAGACUUAUGGGCACGGAUAGAGGCAUGGACUUCGAAGGAAUUUCCGACUUGGCGCAAUUCAAGGUGCUACAAUUCACGCAAUAUGACACAGAGAUCGUAACUAUUCCGCUCCUCGAGGUCCGAUUCUACUUUGAACGACAUUUUGGCUACUUCCUGAUGAACUUCUAUGUGCCAUGUACGCUAAUAGUUCUCCUUUGCUGGGUAGCAUUCUGGACAAAUCGCGAAGCUACUGGAGAUCGAGUAGGCAUGGGGAUCACAUCUGUUCUCACUAUGGUGCUGAUUGCUAAUGACAGCAAAUCGGAUGCUCCCAAGGUCAGUUUUCCCACAGCAUUGGACGUGUACAUAUGGAUUUGCUAUACGACAUUACUGCUGUGUAUGGUGGAGUUCACUGUGGUGCACUAUUUCACCAAAUUCAACACUGGCGAUCCCGAAAUUCAAGCGAUAGAGAGAGAAAGGAUGAGACGAAUUAUCAGAACGAUACCGAAGACAGCAGUCUUAAGCACCAGCCGCCGCAUGCACAGACAUCUCCGUCUCAGUGGGAAAACGAGCUUCGUCUCAGCCACACAUGGCGGGUUCGGUGCCACACAAGCUCGCUUCGAUGCCACUCAGGCGUACGAGCCUGGGGAGGAGGAAGGU